AUUACAUCAGCUCUGGAAGUUUUGCCCAUCGCUAGAUCAACGUGCUCUCUUUUCUUUGUUAUUAUCAAUGUUCAACAAUAUCAAAUUGAAAGCAAAUAAAAGGGAAAUCAACAACACACCUGAUGGAAGAUCUUGAUGAGCUCGACCGGGAGGGCCUUAACGAGUUAGAGUCGAUUUUGUAUGCUUCGGUCCACUACAGCGAUGGAUUUGAUGGAGUGGAGCCCUCAGCCAACGACCAGGAUGGAAAGAUUAUGCCCACGCCACUGCAAUCCGUGCGCCUUGUGAGUGGAACGCGUGUUAUCAACAACGCCAAGCCAAAACCACGAUAUUGGACGGAGGAAGAAGCAGUAACCGGGGGGCAGGUCGAGGAGGCCCAAGCACCAAACAAAACAAACACAGAAACCGAGGUGACUGCCCCUUCCACUUCCCAACAGGGCUCUGAGAAACCGAAUGCUAAACGACCACCGACUACUCCCAACAAGAGCGCUCCCAACUCUAAUAAGACAGGAAACCAACAGCCAAAACAAAAGACCAAACAGAAACAACAACAAAAACAGCAAAACAAUCAAAAGUCCAAGCAGCAACAGAACCAGAAGAAACAGAAGCAGCAGCAGCAGAACCAACAGAAGGAGAAGCUUCCGCCCAACGCAUCGCCAGCAGUACAAAAACCAAAAACCCAGGUAUCCUCCACCACCACCAGCAACCCACCCAUCAAAGCCAACCAUGAGGCUUACGAGGAGGAGCGUUUCGAUCAGAGACUCCUUGUGGCCAUCCCACCAAACUGCCCUCCGAAAAAGCAAAACAAACAGCAGCAGGAGCCACAAAAGAAGCAGCCGGAACAGCCACAGAAUAAAAAGCAGCAGCAACAGUCGAAUAAACAAAAACAGAAUAAACAGCAGCAAAACCAACAGCAGGCAGGAUCGGGUCAUCUGGGUAAAGCUGAUCGAAAGUUGGAGCUACUGAAGAAACUGGCGGCCAAGAAACAAAAAUCCAAGCAGGCCCAGUUGAAUAAAAAACAGCGAAACCAGAACUCGAAGCCAGUCGAGUUUGUGGACCUGGCCGAGAGCAGCCAUGACGAUGCCUCAGAUGAUGACGAUGUGGUGCAUGUACCACUGUCCCCACCUCCUAUCAUCGACUUGGAUCCCAGCGACGAGGAGCAAAGUGGUUCUCCUCUGGUGUAUCAUGAAGAGCACGCGAUGGACGCGGCGGACAUGAAUGUGGUGUCAUCAUGCGACACGCAAUCAACCCAGCAAGAUCCAAAAUCUGGAGAAGGUGUUCAGUUUGUGCCACCUUCCUUGGUCUCACCUUCCAACUCGGUGCUUUCCAGCGACGAUUUCAUUGUCCAGAAGGACAUCUCUCGCUUGCAGGCGGAUAAAGAAAAGUCCAACGAUAAGGACCUCUUGGUUUUGACGGAAAACGCCAUCAGAGAUGCCCUGGAUCGGCAGGAACAAGGCCCAGAUCAGAGUCCGAGUCAGGAGGAUGCUGCCCAAAACACCAACCCCGACUCUGCAGUCGAUCCAGACACUUGCUCCGAGUACGAAUUUGUGCCUCCAUCACGCCUGGAGGAGAUCAAGAAGAACUACCGCGUCGAUGAGCAGCAGUUUCGCGCUUUGGAUGUCUACGAGAGCGAGUCGGAUCUCACGGAGAGUGGCAUAUACUCCAAAGCGAAGUCGAAAACCGUGCCAACCAUUAUACGCAACGUUGAUUCCCCCUCUGACAACUCAUCCCUGGAGGAGGUCGUGGAGGCGGUAGUCCAGAAAACCAAGCGUCUGCGAAAGCGAUCGUCGUCGACAAACAAUCACAGCCAGUCGGAGGGCAACAACGAGGAGGACGAUUCCGACAGCGACGACGGUGUCCACUCCACUGGGGUGCCGGGAAUAGCUCGGGGUAUGGCCGUAGAGCGAUGCAAGCGCAAGAUUCCCACUAGCACUCAGAAGACUCAGAAGAGCGGUGCCCGCAACCCGAAACCAAAGUCAUUGGCCAACAAAGAAGCCAGCUCCGAGUCGGCUUCGGAGGAAGAGGUGCCCAGUGCCCGGGAGAUAGCCGAAAGAUUGCUUAAACAGGAGGAGGGCCAGACCAACAGGCCGGUUAAUCCGCAACCCUCUACCUCGGCGGAUGAUGUGCUGGAUACAAUUUCAAUUGGCUCCGAUGCCGAUGCCGAAGGGGAGGCCGAGUUCAACAACGCCAUGACGGACCGCAUCGCUGCUGUUUUUGAACGGAUCGAUGCCCAAACCAGGAAGCCCCAGCAUGACGACGACGAAGAGGCCAGUGGCUACAUCUCCUCCAACGAAGAUGACUCGAGGGAUGUUCCUGCCGACACAACGGUAUCCCUAGCGGAGGACAUUGACAUGGAGGAGGAGGCUUCCCUCGAGUUGCAAGGUGCCGAUCCUGAGCCCAGCAAUGAGGAUGUUUCCAUGGAAGAGUCAGUCAUCCAGAUAGACCAUAAUCUUCCCGCUCCUGUUGACGAUAGUCCUCCGAGUGGCGGCGACUUGAUUGGGUGGAACGAUGAAAUGUGUCGAUUCUACAACGACAGUUGGCGUGGGGAACAGUUUUCGGUGCAGAAUGCUCAACGGGCCAUGUCUGCCAAUCGGAAUGAGUGGAGACUCAGAAACGCCGACCGGUACCCGGUGUCGCGUCCUCGCUUGCAUGGCAAGUGCACCAACUGCUUGGAGAUGGGCCAUGUUCGCUCCAAGUGCCCCCAUCCUAGGAAGGCGGUAGUUUGUUUCAUGUGCGGAGGAGUGGGUCAUGCUGAACCCCGCUGUCCCAAUGCCAUAUGCUUUGGGUGCGGCUCCAAGCAGGAGAUGUAUGUCCAGCAGUGCAACAAGUGUACCUUUCACAACCGCCUGGUUUGCCAGCUAUGCAGGAUGCGAGGUCAUGGAACGGACCACUGCCCGGAUAAGUGGCGCCGCUAUCACUCAACGACCCAGUCCAAUGUCGAACUCAACAGCAACGUUCAGUACAAGACCAAGCAGUGCAGCUAUUGCGCCGGACGCGGACAUCUAUUCGAGAACUGUCGCCAGAGGAUCGGCGAGUAUCGCAACACCAACCUGAUGAGCCAGAUUGUUUCCCACCAGAAGGUGUAUCAGGACCGUAGUGAUGCCCCCGGGGAUUUGGGCAAUCUGAAGGAUUUCUAUGCCAUCGAGACUCCCUUCCACUUUGAAUGGACCAAGAAGAGUAUUCCCAAGGCCAGCUACUAUGCCAAGUUUCUGGUUCACGCGAAUUUGGCUCGCGUGCAGGCCGUUAAAAGGAAACAGACGACGGUUGUGGAUGAGAUUCCUGCCAAGAUCUUCACCCGCGAGUAUGUGCCGAAUCCGUUGGCCAAAGCGGCAAGUGGAAAUACUAAGAAGACCGCUGCCCCGGCAGAGGAGCAGCCACCUCAAGAGCCAGUCGUUGAGGAGGAAACUGUUGAGGCUCCACCAGCUGUGGAACCGAGUGAUGCCAUUCAACGUGAAGAGAUUAGCACAAAUUUCGAGCCCCAGGAGAAGGACGCCACCAAAGCCAAGACCGUUGUUCCCCCUCACGACAUCGAUUCAGAUUCGAAUUACAGCUUUUCGGAGCACUUCGAGGUGCCCAGUUCGACCACGAACGAGCCGAAGAAGGCGCCCCCAGUUCCACAGCGCAGCCAACUACCUCCUGACCAUCCCAUGGCCUCGUUGCCGGAUGUCAUACCUUUAAGCAGCGUUGAUGAUGAUUUCGAAGAGCCGUCCACCAGUACCCAGGGCAUAUCCAUGUGCGUAAAUGCGAAUUCCAACAGUAGUGGCCGUAGAAGCGAGGUGGCGGAUCCGGAAUCUAGUGAGGAACUACCCGAUGUACCCUGUGAAGGUAAAAUUGUAAUGGCUCGAGAUCAGUCCGAGUAUCUGUUCAGUCCGGAAGGCAGGGAGUUCCUGGCAGCAGCUGCUAAGCAGUGUCAGGUUAGUGUGAGGAUGGACUUUAAGGACUACGGCUAUGUCCUGGUCAUAUACGGGCUGAAGGAAAGGCAGGAGGAGCUGCAGUUCAAGCUGCUGCGCCGCAACCAGGAAGUAAAACGCAAGACCAUCGAGUUCCAGAGCCAGAAGCCACCGAAACGAAUCGAUGUCUUGAUUCGCUUCAUGCGAGAUGGUAUUAAUAGCCUGACCAGCAACUUGGGCAACGCCUCCAACCACUACCUGCGCAUCAAGGAGCUGGAGGACAUGAACACCAAGAACGGCUUCAAAAUGGCCGAAAAGAAGCGGCGUCAGCUCAACAUGAUCCUUGUGGGUCAGGCGGGUCUCCUGAAUGGCAGCACUCAUCUCGAUCAGUUACUGGUGUUGCUGAGGAAACUCAUGGACUUAUCGCCGGAUGACAAUGCCACUCCGGAGCUAAGAAACGAAAUCGACGAGCACUGGCGCAUGAUCUUCACCUCCUACCCCCAUCCGAACUAUGAUUCCUUGCUGCAGAGCUAUGGGAAGCUGGAUCAAAAGAACCGUGUUCCAUCGCUGCACAUUGAUCCGGUGCUGCUGGGAUUGCAACCGUACAAGAAGCCGGCUCAGAGCUCACCCCAAUCGCCUAGCAAGCGACCCACAUCACCCAUCCCUCCGGCGCCGGCAUGGACGCACAUGGCGCCGCCGCCUCCACCCAAAAUAACCAAAAAGAAACAGCGACAGUUGGUGCAACAGCAGCAGGAGCAACAGCAACAACAACGGUUGCAACAACAGCAGCAGCAACAACAACAACGCUUGCAACAACAGCAACAACAACAACAACAACGUCUACAACAACAGCAGCAGCAACAACAGCAACGCUUGCAACAGCAGCAGCAACAACAGCAGCGCUUGCAGCAGCAACGCAUGCAACAGCAGCAACAACAACAACAACAGCAACGCAUGCAACAACAGCAGCACCAGCAACAACAACAACAAAACAACAACCAGCAAAAUCAAUUCCGACGUCCACAAAACAAACAAAUGCCGUUCAACAAUCCACAACAAAGAUCCCGAGCCGACUUGCAACUUCAUCAGAACCUGAAUCCCGAAUGCGAUCGCCUUUUUGCCGAAAUGGAUCAACAUGGCAACGUGGACAAGGAUGCAGACAAGCCGUCCAUGUUCUGGUCGCGCGAGUCCCUCAAGUACCUAGACGAUCUGUUCAAGAGGACCUCCAGCUCGGACACCACCGAGAGGCUGAAUCGUGUGCUGCAGCGAUCCCAGCGUGGUCAGUUGUCGUUUAACGACUACCGUGCCGUGAUCCGACUGCAUACCAUACUUUCCAAAUGAUUAAGAGGGCGAGGAUCAGGGGAUUUGGGAUCACACAGGAUGAGGAUCAGGAUCGUUUGUUUGUUUAACAAAUACCAACAGAACAGAGAUUGGGUAUCUGAAAGAUAUUACCCAGUAACCGAAUAAAUACACUAUUGACUAUUUUC